AUGUACACCGGGAGGCAGUCUACUAAGGCUCAUUGUACGUUCUUUUCUUCGAAUAUACCCUUAAAUUGCAUUUUUGCAAAGCAAAAGGCAAUGACUGAAAUCCAGACUGUGCAGUGUAGGUUAUAGUCCUUCUGUUGUUUGUGAUUUAUCGGGAAAGCGGUAGCUGCGGGUGUUUAAUGAACUUAACAUGACUAAACUCAAGAUAGAGUUUUAAUUUGUCGUUUUACGGAGGGCGAUUAUUUCGGUUCUCUAGUCCUCUCGGCUGAUGGUCAAAACCGAAUGCGUUUAUCCGACGCAUUGCUAAGAUGCCUGUGAGUUUGUGGGUGGAACCGGUUUGGCUACGAGAGGAGAAUCAACUAUAUAGUGAACCCCGCAGCCAAGGGCUUUCACACAAGUCAGACACAGUGACCAUUCCCAUCGCUCCUCAUCAUUGCCUCGACUUCACACUACAGCCCACUGCAUGUGGCCAAAUAGACUACGGCGUAUGCUGAUUAUAUUGUUCUUGUAAUAAUCAAAUUAACACACAGCUUGCCAAUACUCCCGCAGAGUAGAGUAGAUGUGCUAUCCUACGAAAUGUUAAUCGAAAUUCUGAAAUGUCUUCGAUUCAAAAAGGUUUUACAUGAAGGGUUGUGAUAUUAAUCAUUGCGCGGCAUAACCACAAGAUAUUUCAGUCGCAUAAAAAUGUUGCUCAUUCAAUGAUUUUUUUCUGUCGUCUGUAGGAAGUACAGUCUGCAACGCUGACUGAUUAAGUAGUAUGCGUUUCACUUUUAAUUUUUAGUGUCCUCACAAAUUCAAUUAUGCUUUAUAGAAAACGUGCACGAAAAUGUUCUCUUUUGCGCUCAUUUGGUAGAAAGUCAUGUCUUCUUGAAAUUGUCUGCUUGAAGAUAGAGUACUCGUCAGUUUUUAAUAACUUUUUGAAUUCCCGGAUGGUUUUGAAGCCAACCUGUUGUUACACUUGCAUUCGGAGCUUCCAACCUACAUGCCGCAUGCAUCCCGUCAAAGAAAUAACACACAUUUCUCUACGUUAUUUAGAGGAGAUCAUUUGGCACUCAGAAUAUUGUCUGAUGGAUGUGGACCAGGUUUUAUACUUUAUACGCAGUACUAAUACACAUUCUAAUGCGAUGCCGUAUGAAUGGACAUUUCACUGGCCUAAAAAAUCCUAAUUAGAAACUUUUAAAGCUAAAAGAAAUCAUUUCUUUGAGUGUAAAAGUUGAAUAAAAUCUGAGUUGCUACCAAAUGACUACAAGAGAGAAUAUUUUCGUGCACGUAUAAGCGAAUUUAUGAGGACAUCGCAAACCCAUGGGACAAAUGCAUGCUACUUAAGCAGUCACUUUUACAGAGUGUACUUUCUGCAGACGAUCGGAAAUAAGCUCACCCAAAAGUUACCAUUCUGAUGUGACUGAAAUAUCUUGGGGCUAUGCUGCACAACAGUUACUAUCACGACCUUACCUACGAGAUCUUUUCGGAUCGAAAACACAUUUCAGAAUUUCAACUAACAUUACAUCAGACAGUACAUCUACUCUACAGGUCAUCAUCGUCCUCGUUACCUUUGAAGCACAGUUCGUUGCUGCUUCGUGGCUAAAAGCUACUUCAAGUACUGCGACUAGGCAUAUUAAUGCUGAAGAUGUAUUUAGCGACUAAAUAGGAGGACCAUUGCGCGGUAGCCACGGAGAAAGAACACGUUCUCGCGAAAAUCAAUGAAUAUUCUCAGGUUCCGCGACGCGUUUUCUGAUCGAGACUGAGUGCUUACUUUUGACCACUUACUGCAGCAUGAUCCACUCUUAUAUAUGUCUUUGAUGCCGCCGUGGUCUGCCUAAUAUUAAAUUUGGAAUUUUUAUUCAUCCUCUGUUUUACCUUCAUUUUUAGUCCUAUUCCGGUUACCAGUUAUUGCGCCGUUAAUAACAUAAUCUACUUCGACACUUGAUGGUUCCACGAAACCACUCGGCCGGCUGCCAAAACAAUUCGUAAUAUUUUUUAAAUAUUUCGACCUCCGCACGUAAAAGGAUGUCAUGAGAGUCUGAUUUGCGGUAACCGAAGACCUAAAAUAGGGGACAAGCAUGCAAAAUUCAAAAAGCGGUUACCUCAAUGUGCAAAAUUUGCAGAUAACGUUUCUUCUUCUUCCAUAACACACUGUCACCCUAUAAAACCCCCUAAUUAGUCUUUGUAGUGAAUCCUAAGUUAAGUAGAAUUUCAAAAGGCCGAAAUGGUAAACAAAUAAAUAACAGUUAAACCUCUGCUUUGUGCGGUUUCGGGCACGGAAUUCAUCCAGAAUUUUUACCUUGACAGUUAUUUGUACGCGCAUUCCAAAUAUUUGAAUUAGUUAGAACAAUCUCACAUUUUAGGACAUAUAUAUAUAUAUAUGUAUAUAUAUGUUACUGUAGCGCACGUUACGGAUCGGUGAAAGAGAUUGUUCUUCAAGAUACAAAGGUUCCUUUAUAAUAUGAUGACCCAUCUGACCGUAUAUACAGUGAAAUGACACAAGUAAUCCUUGAGUAGGCUGUGAAACCUCGCAUAACUGCAUUCAGAAAAUAACUAAUUUUAUGACGCGUUUAUUCAUUCCGGUGAAGACCUUGUAAAAACACAACAGUUGUUUACUAAAUUGGAGUUUAAAUGUUGACAAAGACCUUGUAGCGAGCUUAAGAAAAGUUGCAGCAUAGGAUUUGAGAGGUCAGACAGCCUUUUUAAGACUUGAAAUUAGUCGCAAAAUAACUUAUUCGUGAGAGCAUAUGGGCAAAAUAUUAAUAAAUAAAAAUAAUAAAAUAAAUAAUGCCCCUAAUUUCAUCGCAGAUAUGAUUGGUUUUCUAUGACUUUUGAUUUUGCUUCAAAGGCUAAUUUAAGCCUAAAGAGGUCAAUUCAACGAUCCUUUGAAAUGUAGGACGAUGUUUUAUUAGAAUGUGCCCACUUGGAACUUCUAACGAUUGAAUGGCAAACACACCCUUAACUUAAUUCCAUACUGCGCUCCCGUCCAUUUUUCCCCAAAAUAGGCAACCUUUUCUGUAUAUGUGCAUGCGGGGUAAAGACAAGAUUUGAGGACCGGUGAAGUCUUUAUUUCAGCCAGCUUCUAUUAGCUAUCCUAUUUGCACUUGCCGUUGUGCAUGAUUAACUUGCCGUGAUAAUUUGUCCAUACCGAUAUAAACAGUAGCCUUGGCGCCUGUUUGCCACCGCUAUUCGUUUUAAGAACAAUUCAAAUUUCUUGUUUUAGGCAAAACUUUACUUUUUGCACACACAGUUCCGCUGUAUUUGUAGUAUCAUGACUGAUUUUCUUCUUAGCCCCCAGCGCAGUCCGAAAUAUUCGAACAGAAAAUGUCACUUCCCAUUCCAUCAGGCUCACGUGGGACCCACCCAUGCAACCAGGCGGAUACUUGGAUAUGUACCAAUUAGCCGUUCAGUAUGAGGAGAGAGAUGGCUCCAAGGUUGAAGCUCUGCGAUACAUCUCACCUGAGUUAACUGCAUAUGUAGUUGACCAGUUGCCUGCUGACCGCGUUAUCAAUGUCAAAAUCCAGUCUAACACGAAGUCAACUGUAUCAGCUGACGAACCACUCGCAGGACUAUGGAGCGAAACGAUUCGCGUAAAGACGUCUGCUGGUAAUUUAAACAUCUCUUUAAAAAGGCAAAGAUUAUCUUACGUGUGCUGUGAUGGUGAUUAAUCCGUUUUGUGCAGUGGUGUGAUUGAGAAAUCAGUCUGCGUUUGUGAAUGAUGAGGAUAAACGACUGAUCGCUCUCUAAUGCAGGUCCGAACAGGAUUUGUUGAUCAAAUUCCAAGCAAAUGUUGCGAUACCGCCACAGUGUUGAUAACAGUGCCUUCAAUAAUGUUCAAUUUUUCCAAACGUGUAAAAACACGGUAAAGAUGGACGGUAGGUUUCUGGGGGAUUGUAACACUGUUCUCAAAAUGACCAUUGUCUUCUUAAAACACAUUUGAUAAUUAAGCAUCUCAGACAAAUCAGGAUUGUUUAAAAAGAGUUUAAGACAGACAAAAUACUGUGCUUAGGUAGAAAAGCAAUACCGACAAGGACAAGGGAGACUGGAAUGGCCAUUUCUGGAUUAUUAGUUGUCGUCAGCCAGCAGUACCAAACCUCGAGCUGUGGAGCAGCCGUUAUGCGGCUACUAAUGGGGCUCGAGAGAGAGAGAGAGUCCUAAGGCACAACAAACGAGUGAGUUCCGUAGCGCGAUCGGUGAGUGCCCAUCUAUCAGAAUGCGAUGCCGUCUACAUAAAGCUCGACGCUAAGACCACCAUUUUUCUGGAGGGGACUCUUUUCCUUUUUACGAAAUACUUAAAUAAGCUAUUGUCUGAAAGGCCAGAAAAUAUGCGUAUUUUUUAGUUGUGACAUUCAGUCACGAAAUUAAAUGGCUUGUAGCCCAAGUAACUGAACCACAAUAAAACCCCGUAAGCAAUAAAAAUCAAUGCACCCUGAAUGCCCUUUAACCAAGCGAAUUACGGCUGCCAAACUUGUACUCGGCUUUAAGUAGCUUACUUUCCAUGAUUAGAAGGAAUUAAAAUAACGAGGGACUUCAAAUCAAAGUAUUAAUACAUCAUUUGCCACUCUAUGGUGAUCAUGUAGGCAAACCACUCCAAAUCUUUCCUUAAGUCGCUUACUUCGCCAAGUCCAGACGGAACGUUAACAAAAUGUUUUUAUCUUACUUUGCAGAUCCGCUUGAUCUUUCCUCGGUGGACGUCGUACCUAUCACCGAAAAUAGUCUCCAGUUUAAUUGGUCGAACUGGAUUUUCCCAACAGAUGGACUGCAGCGGUUUGAACUUAAAGCGAAGGACUCAUCAGAUGCAACGGCCUCACACUACUCAGUCAAUGUCACUCCCUCGAAACGUACGGGUAUUCUAGAGGGUUUGAUUCCCGACAGAACCUAUGAAACCGCAAUUGUCGCCGUGUAUGGCAAUCGGAGCACUGAAAAAUACACUGGACUUCACGAAGUCCCAGCAGGGGGUAAUAUAUAACCGUCUAGUAUUUUCUCAGUCGCUAGCAUAUCUUCAAGUACAAUUUUGACAGCGCGUUUAUUCCGCGGUUUUUCAAGAAGUCUUACACAGUAAAUAAAUGCCCUCAAAUGUUCGAAAAAAUCAAAUAUGUCGACUUGCUUGUGCAAGCAUAAGUGCAUCCCUCGCGCGACUACUAAAAAUCGUAAAUAAAUCUGAUGUUUUAAAGCCUAAUAUGCUCUGUAUCGGUUAAGUAAUAUUUACUUAAAGCUACCCUCUUUUCAGUUUUGAAAUUUAGGUUCCGUGAUAGAGGAAACAAGUCCUCUUCAAAACUAUUGCGAACUUCAUUGUACUGACAGAACGCACCUUUUUAUUUAAUUCAUCUGUGGGAACCUAUGUGUUUUAUCAUGUUUGGCGUUAGUCGGUGAUAGUUGGGAGUAACUCAAAAACUCACUGCAUCUUCGUCUCUUAGUGGUUCUUAUUAGGACCUACGCAGUGGACUAACGCCUGAAAGUACUUUAAAGCACCUUAUCAGCUGGUUAACCGGAUAGGACGAAACCAAGGCCCAGACUGCGCAUUUGAAUAACUCUAGGAUGCCAGCAUGUCUGACUAUUCUCUAAUGAGUUGUCGUUUGGUAAAGCGAAAUUAUAUUCUGUUUGUUUCCGAUAUUUCGUUCACGGUACAUAUGCUAAGCAGAACUUGAAUUUGGAUGACAGUAGCCUGAUGCCCAAACGCAGAAGGCUGUCAAAAAGGAACAUAUUUAUUGAUGGUUGAUUAUUCGAGCACACACUGUUAAAAAGAUGAACGCACUUUCAGAGGGCCUGUCAGUCAGCAUAAAUCCCAAUAGUUCAACAGGUUCCUGGGAUUCACUUAUACUGCGCAUGCAUUUUUCGACCGCUCAUGCCAACCUAUGCACACAAAUGUGAUUCGAUGAAACAUCUGACACAUGAGUAUAUCAUCCAAGUUAACCGUACUGUUAAAUUCUCCCGCCGAAUACUCAGCAAACUUCUUUUAACAUUAACCAGGGAACUUUGUGAACAAAUCGCUGUCCAUCAAUACAAAGCUUGGAAAUUUUGACGUCAGAAUGUCUCUUUCCCCAGACUCGCGAAUGGCCUGGGAAACAGAGACUUAAGUUUUACGGCAGCGGAAAUACACUCACUUCAAAAGUCUAGGGAAACGUAGUUUGCAGAUAGGACGCGGUUUCUGAGUAAAUCACUUUCGGCAAGUACUUUCAUUUCAGCAAAUAUUUCGUGGUACUUUCCUGUAAAGGGUGAGUACGAAAGUUUCUAAUUGUGAGACUUUUUAAUACCGUGAAAUGGCCGUUCAUAAAGCACCUUAUCAGCUGGUUAACCGUAUAGGACGAAACCAAGGCCCAGACUGCGCAUUUGAAUAACUCUAGGAUGCCAGUAUGUCUGACUAUUCUAUAAUGAGCUGUUGUUUGGCAAAGGAAAUUAUAUACCAUUUGUGAACAGAUCGCUGUCCAUCAAUGCAAAGAUUGGAGAUUUUGACGUUAGAUUGUCUCUUUUCCCGGACUUUCGCGAUUGAUCUUUAAAUUGAAAUGGCCUGGAAUACUCCGACUUAGGUCUUUAUGGCAGCGGAAAUACGUUCACUCCAGGAGUCUAGGGCAACAUGGUUUGCAGAUAGGACGCGGUUUCUGAGUAAAUCACUUUCGGCAAGUACUUUCAUUUCAGCAAAUAUUUCGUGGUACUUUCCUGUAAGAGGUGAGUAUUAAAUUAAAGCUUGUUGAAUCCUCGGUAAAUCCAUGGAGCGGUCAUAGCCAUAUCGAAUACUCUGUGGCAUCUGCUAAGUUUCGCUUGAUCUGUAAAUCAAAUGUGCACAUUUGCUGGUCUUCUGUAAGUGAUCAGUGAUUCUACUUAAGGAACAUUUUUCCGAAUAGCAAAUACCAAUGGAGCAAUUUUAAUUUAACUGCCGUUUAAAUGUUAAAUUUCGAAAUCAAAAAUGGCAAUCCCAAUGUCAUCGUGCUAAUUUUGGAUCCACCUUUCCUUGAUGCGAAGUACUCUGCUAUGUUAUGAAUCACCAAUUUAACGAAACUGUCAUUUUAUAAUCUACAGUAGGUGGGAUAACUCAUGAAAUGUCAACUGAAAUUCCGAAAAUCGUUUUCUUUUCGAAAAGAUUAAUCAAGUAGGGUUGUAAAACUAAUCAUUCUGAGGAAUAAUUCUAUAAUAAUUCAGUUACCUCAGGAUGCCGACCUUUGAAAGAACUUCCUUCCGGCUGCAUACAAAAGCCUCGCCCUGUUAAAAUGACUACAUAUGUAGCAUGCAUUUUUCGCUUUGAUUGUCGAUGCCCCUAAAAGUCCAAUUAUAGUUCAUGGAGAACAUGCAUAAAAACACUAAUGCUUUUGCUCAUUCGGUAGAAAAUUACGUCCUUUUUCAAUUUUAUACUCAAAGGAAGUGUAUUAUUCGGUUUUAUAAAAGUUUCUAAUUGUGAGACUUUUUAAUACCGUGAAAUGGCCGUUCAUAAAGCACCUUAUCAGCUGGUUAACCGUAUAGGACGAAACCAAGGCCCAGACUGCGCAUUUGAAUAACUCUAGGAUGCCAGUAUGUCUGACUAUUCUCUAAUGAGCUGUUGUUUGGCAAAGCGAAAUUAUAUACCAUUUGUGAACAGAUCGCUGUCCAUCAAUGCAAAGAUUGGAGAUUUUGACGUUAGAUUGUCUCUUUUCCCGGACUUUCGCGAUUGAUCUUUAAAUUGAAAUGGCCUGGAAUACUCCGACUUAGGUCUUUAUGGCAGCGGAAAUACGUUCACUCCAGGAGUCUAGGGCAACAUGGUUUGCAGAUAGGACGCAGUUUCUGAGUAAAUCAGUUUUGGGAAGCCCUUACAUUUCAGCAAAUAUUUCGUGGUACUAUCCUGUAAGAGGUGAGUAUUAAAUUAAAGCUUGUUGAAUCCUCGGUAAAUCCAUGGAGCGGUCAUAGCCAUAUCGAAUACUCUGUGGCAUCUCCUAAGUUUCGCUUGAUCUGUAAAUCAAAUGUGCACAUUUGCUGGUCUUCUGUAAGUGAUCAGUGAUUCUACUUAAGGAUCACUUUUCCAAAUGGUAAAUACCAAUGAAGUAACUGCCCUUUAGAUGUUAAAUUUCUCAGUCAAAAAUGGCAAUCCCAAUGUCAUCGUGCUAAUUUUGGAUCCACCUUUCCUUGAUGCGAAGUACUCUGCUAUGUUAUAAAUCAUCAGUUUAAUGAAACUGCCAUUUUAAAAUCUAGUUGCAAUCGCCAUGGCCUCCCGGGAAAAAUAAACAUAUUGUGGCUAAAUUGUCUGCUUGUCAGGAAAUCAACGUGAAAACCCGAAUCAGGUGUUUCCUUUGAUUCACUAGGCAAUGUUGCAGUUCAUGUGACUGUCGGCCUUGCAACCUGCUUCGUGGACAAUAAAAGCUUCCCAAAUGUCUGAGUCUAGCAAAUGUUUAGGGACACAUUUCUCAAACACAUGGAAACUGAACAGUCCACGUUCUACAUUGACACUCCUCCUCAAGAAGACAUAAUCUCUCGUGGGGUUAUUUAUCAAGAUCCACGUUAAUGCCAUAUUUUCAACAGGUUAACGAACUUAUUUGAUAUCACAACCCGCUGAUCCGGGACUUGAGCCGCAAACAUGUUACUUGGUAAAUCAAACUUAUAGAAACAAACUUUUAUGCUUCGAAACAUAUUUGCAGUAUCCACAUCCCGAAAAAUAUGUCAGCCUUUAUUCCUGCACCGCCUUGUUCUCUUCAAAAAUAGAUUUUUUUAUUAUGAUUAUUAUAACGGGAGAGCGUCUUAUGGGCAAUGUCGAAAGUACUGAAUAACUGAGCAGUAAUGUUAAACACCUGUACAGGCCCACCACUUUUAAUGUAGGGCGUCCAUAUGCAUUAGCCCAGUGUGUAAACCAAUCAUAAUGCAUGAGCAAGCGCACAAUCGAUUAAAUAAAACAAAACGUAGAGGUUGUUCUGUAAUCGGCAAAUGACACAGGUGUCCAGUUAAUUUUAAUGUCCGAAUAAGUGCAAUUCAAUUUUCUGGGAUGAUAGGAAGAUGUCCGCACGAAAUCUCGUUCCUCAAGAAACAUUUUAUAUAAAGGGGAAGUGCCGUUCGUAGUUGAACAAGAUUAAUAACCUGGUUUUGUCCUCAAAAAUACUGGGGAAUCGGUUACUUCCGAGAAAUCAAAUUUUAUUUAUCAUCACUCUUUUUCCAGGGGACAAUCGAUCGUUCUGGAAAUAUACGUGAUAUCACAAGUACAAGUUUUGGUAGAGUAAAUCAGAUAAGGUUAUGAGAGCACGUAAAAAAUAACAGCUAGGUUUAUGAUUUUCAAAAAAAACACGUUCGCAAAAUUGAAAAUCAAGGUGUAAACACAAGAAAGUAAUCAUCAGAAGCUUCCCCAACAUUUGCUUUCCACUGAUUUUAAAAGCCCUAUUUAGCGGAUGACUCUAAGUUGACCAGUCCGCAAUGCACUUUGACAUUCUCCUUUGAGUAAAUAGUCACUUUAAUUGGACUGCUUUUUCACGAACCGUACCACCACCAUCCAGCGAUCCGAUUUGAGUCCAUGGUGCGUGAAUUGAAAACAUUCAUCAUGGGCACGUUACUCGAAGGAUCAAAAUUAAUGAAGAUAUUCUCUGUGCUUGGAAUGCCUUUAAAAUAUUAGCAUUCCAAGUAUUCCGCCAGUGUGUUUAUCUCUACACUUCGUCUGCAUUUUCGAAAUUUAAAGAGCCCUACAUGCUUGUUUUACCUAACAACAGAGACAUCAUGUUGUCUAUCUGCGCUUUCAAACACGGGAAUCCUGUUAUGGGAGCAUAUGGUGAUGUGAUUUCAUCUGCCAUCACAUCUCUACUAAAAUGGAAUUCUAUUGUUUUAAGGCAAGAGGGGAUUUCAUACGCCAUCGAAGAUAGACAACACUCAAUAAAUGUCCGUGCAAAGGUGAGGAUUGCCAUCUUCCUCAGCACAGUGCAUAAUCCUAAGAUAAUGCACAUACAGCGCAUAUUAGUUAUUUAAUGAACACUGCGAGACAGUUGUGCAGUUCUAUGUGGGAGAUCGAAACACAAUAUGCAGUUUGCGCAUACGCCCAUUUUAUUUGGAUGUUUCCAUGGAUCUAAUCCUGUGUCCUAGCAGUAACAAGGUAAAGGCUUGCACGGCUUUGCAUCUGCCGAAACCGCUUUACGUGGAUUGGCAGUGUAGUUCGUAUUAGAUCAUGAGUCAGUUAUUGGUUUCCGUGUCGAGCCGUAAGAGGUGUUUUGGUUCUGCAAAUGUUUGCGCAACGGUAAUUACACAGUUCCUUUGAGCGAAUUUCCCCCUACAUUCGUUAAAUAUCCAUUGUUUAUCAUCGUAGCUGCGUUGUCAUUUCCAUCCACAGAAAGAGCACUUUUAAGGUACUCCGGCAGCCCACUUAAAAUUAAAUGCAUUAAAUAUAGUUCAUUCCUUUUCCCCAUCUUAGUCCACAAUGCUCAGAUAUCUGUUACGGCCGAAGCUAUCAAUUCGUCUGCUAUUCAGAUCAGUUGGCAUCCACCGCACAAUAUAAACCGCAGAUUAGACCACUACAGGAUUUUUCUUUCGUAUUACGGAUAUUAUGGUGAAGUUGGCUUAAAGGAUAUGGUAGUCGGACCUUCCAGGAACAACUGUAUCGUGAACAACCUGCCGCCUGCAGCCGAUAUAGAAGUAACGAUCGCGGCCGUAGUCAGGUUGGAGAAUCAGGGCGAUAUGACCGAGGAGGGAAAAUGGAGCAACGAGGUUAUUGUAACUACCCUUCCCGGUAGGUCUAAUUGCAUCUUAGUUAAUGCACCAGUGCGCAAUGCAGUGUUCAUUUAAUCUCACUUUGACUAACUGCAUGUCUGUUUUAUGCAGGUUUUCAAAGACUUCUUAAAUUAAGGUGAUGCAUGCUGUUCUGGAAAUAUCUUAUUAGGACUGUUAACAUUUGAGCAUUUGUGGGAUGAUUACUUCUGUGGAAACAAACGCCGAGCUCAGCGAAUUUGUAGUAUUGGGCCUUUAAUUCAGAUAAGGGCGCAACCCUUGGAAGUACUGGUGACUUGAGGAGUUGCAAACUGCAUGCGUCCUAACCGAUGUCGCUCAAAAUAUAAGAUGCCUUUUUGGUAGCAGUCUAUGCCUUGUUGCUGUGAGUGCCCUCUUAUGUCCGUGAAUGCAAUUGCGUAUCCUGCAGCUUCCUGUCAUACGAGGGGUGUCUACUUUCGUAAUAUUUACGCCUUUCCUAUUGCAGCCAGCUUCCGGAGAACAGUAUCGACAGUAACUGUCGUUAUGCCUUAUCCACCACACCGCCUAGGUAUCUGAAACACUUCAAUUACCAGCGUCAAGAUUCCAACGUAACGAGUGACUGUCCAUUAUUUGAGUGCCAAUUCCAAUUGCGUAUCCCGUCCCAAGCAAUCACUCAUCAUUCACAUCGCUUUCUUUAUUUUCGCAAAUAAAUCUAAGCAAUUAAAUUUGCUUCGAUGGAAUACCAGACACCUGGGUAGAUCAUUAAAGUUGAUUCUGUUGUUGAUUUCUCAACAAACGUCCUUCAACUGGCUGGUGGAUAAUUUUAUUUUUAUUACGGUUUGCGGGUCGUGCAGCCGCCGAUGACAUCGAGUUUGCACACAGACCAGCUAGGGUAGCUUCCGAAUUAUGUAACAUGUACAAAUGGUUCAUUUGGAGUGGGGGGGGGGGAGAGGAGGCCACGUCAUAUCAGUUAGACGCCAAUGGGGAUUGCGGCGCUGUCGGUAACGGCGAGUAAGCGCCGGGGAGAGUGCUGACGGUUACGGAAACGAGAUACGGACGGACGGUGAGGGCGAGGGCGAGGGGAGCGGGGACAACAGUUUAAUACUAAACCACCAAAUGUAAUACUAAGUAAACAAAACAGUUACAAUUGGUUUCAAGAAAUUGAGGAUAGGAACAGUUAGAUAUAACAAAACGAUAGAUGUUCACCUAUAUAAGCAAAAUACGUUAACUCGAUAAACGAAAACGAAAAUCGAUAAUGCACAAAUGAGAAAUCGGCUAUGAUAAAGGAAACGUGACAUGUCGGAAGGUAGACUUCAAAGUGAGGUCACGUGCUGGAGAUUUCUAAAAAGGACGAAGAAGUAAAAAGCCCCAUUAAAAACAGCCGUUCGUAAUAGUCGAAGAGACAACAUUUACGGUAAACUGCCGCAUCUCCCCAGACUCACAUAGAGGAUCUUCUAGUUGAGAAGCCAUGACAAACGGAGUCUUCAGUUGCUUCCACAACGGAAAUAUGUUCAGUCCACAAGUCUACGCAAGCAUGAUGUGUUGGUAGAACACGCUCAUCAAAUUAUUCAGCUUUGGACUGGACUUGCGUUUCAGCAAAUGGCUUCUGGUAUCAUUCUGCAGAACAGUGAGAGCGAAGUUAACGCCUGUCCCAUCCUCUGUCAGCCCAUGCAGUGGUGAUCGCCGCGCCGAAUGCUCCCUGGCAUUUCCGAAAUUGUAUCUUAUAAGGGAAUUCAGUGUCCGAGUUUGGUGGUUCUUUGCUGAAUUAUCGGUUCUUUCAUUCAGUGAAGAGUUUCUCAAUAAUUGAGGAAUCAUAAUCCAGCUUCUUCUUCUUCUUAUUAUUAUUCAGCCACCUUUGACGUACACAAUUUCGCAGUUGAGGCUCUCAAUUCCAGUGCCAUCAGGCUCAGUUGGGAUCCACCCUCCGAACAUUCUGCCGAAAUACUAGGCUACGUGGUAAAUCUGCAAGUUGACGGAACUAAUGACUCAAGAUCCAAUGCCAGUCAGCAUGUUCCGUCGGGAGAAUAUACUCAUGUAAUUGGCGAAUUGCCCGCUGAUCGCGAAAUCAAUGUGAAAGCCCAGAUCAUUACCCGAUCCAGAGUGCAGCGUGGUGAGAACGUAGCUGGCAAUUGGAGCGAAGUACUUCAGACGAAGACUUAUGCUGGUAAUUUCAAAUUUUUUAUUCGUUUACCUUUACAGCAGAUUUUAAAAGCUAGGCAAUUGUUAAACCAUGAUUAUGCCAGUUCAAAGCAUGUUUCAACAAUAGUAACUCCCUAUGUUCCUUUGGACAUUGUUGCAUCUAACAGAGAGACAUAAAUUGGGCUUCGAAUAUCGCAGUUAUCAGAAGCUUGCCCAACAUUUGCUUUCCACUAAUUUUAAAUGUCGAAUUUAACAGAUGGCUCUAAGUUGACCAGUCUGCGAUGAACAUUGUUAUUCUCCUUUGAGUAAAUAGUCACUUUAAUUGGACUGCUUUUUCACGAUUCGAGGUUCCUGACUACUAAUAGCAAGCAAUUGUUCGCGUUUCGUAAAUAUCCUUAUCAGACAGAAAACCUCUGAUUUUAUAAAUGUUUUGUACUUUGGGGUGGCACUGAGUGCUUUUAGUAGAUCUGAGCAUUUCAAACAUAGAAAUUCUGCUAUGGAAUCAUAUGGUGAGGGGACUGUAAAUGGCGAGUUUAUUGCAUAUGCCUUCAUAUCUUCACUUCAACUUUCAAAAUUUGCUCAAACCAAUUUCGAUAGCUUAGUUUGUAAGGGCGCCCAUAUUCAUAGAGCAAUUCAACACAGGCAGUUUGGACUAUAAGAAACCUAGAUGAACCGAUUUGGCGGAUGUCGUGUUCUGUGAUUUUUAAGCACUGGACAGUAACCUUGGAAUAUGUACGAAAUGUCCGUUGAAAACAAACAUAGAGGGUCGGUUUAAGGAUGGUUUUUGCAUAAACGAAAUAUCUCAAUCAUGGAAACGACCACUGACAGAUGCCCCAUUGCAUUUAACGGGUUGGGAUGAGACUAGAAGUGAGCAUGUCGGUCCUACCAAAUGUUAGAUCGACUGUAGUGGUUAAUCCCAGAGGGAGGGCAUUGCAUUGAGCAAAAGGAAUUAAGGUGUGUGCAUAAGGUCUCCCAUGUAAUAUUCCGAAUAUACGUCGGUCAAAAGUGUAGGCACAGAGCUGUGCUGUGCGAAAGUGCCUGUUGCAAUACCCAACUGGUAUUACCAAUGUUGUUCAUAAGUUGCUGGGUGACCCAGAUUUUAUUGGUGUGCAUCUGAUCCUUCAGAUGACCCCAAAGAUAAAGGCUGACACUGUCAGAUCAGGCGAAUAUAGAAGGUGACUGUAAUGUCUCCUUUGCGAAAAAAAAAACAAAUUAGCAGUUGCAAUGCGGAUUUGGCCUUAUGGACAUUCGACCCAUCUGACGGAAACCAUAACCCAGGACCCCGUCCUUCACUGCAGGACGCACAUAUGUUUGCUCCACUGUUAGACAUCCACCGUUCACCAUCGUAACUGCAAUGCUAACUUCAUCCUCAGGAAGUGAGAGAAGACUGCCAUUUCGGAUCCUGCACUACGACGCAGUGCGUCCUUGAAAGCGUGCAAUUCUUGUUGAUGAAUGAACCUCAGACCUUACCUGCUCUAUACUCUAAUAUUAUGCUUAUCCUCUGAGACAUUCAGGUAAAACGAAGUUUCAUCUCCAUGGCCAGAUAGUAAAUAAGUCUGUCGAUUUCUCCACUAAUAACUUCAGGCCGUUUUAUAUAGAUUGACUAUCGCCGAUAAUUUUUUCGGUCUUCAUUCAUGCAGAUAGGGACUCCUGUCCAGAUAUAUACAUGCAUUUUUCGCAGGCGUUGUAACCAAUGUCCCAAAAUGCCAUGCUUAAGAGAAUCUUUUUAGCAGACCUACCAGGCGUGCGUUUGCCGAACACGUUCAAGGUACGCACAGACAUUUAUCUGGCUGGACAAGCAGUUUACUAAUAGAUCCUUGUUCCUGAAAAUGGAGUAACAAGUGAUGCCAGACUAGUAUCGGAUGCCUGAUACGGGAAUGGCCUGCAUAUACCUUGCGAUUUAGUAUCAUUUUCGUGGGAACAGGUUGUCACAGGGACCGAACAAUGUAUGUGCGUGCGUCGGCCAAAAGCGUACGCAUAUGCAGAGGUUCCGAUCUACAUGAUUUCGCAUAAAUUAAUUUCGAUAUGUUUCGUGGAUGAACAUGCAGCCGCCAAACGAUGUUGCGUUCUAUGGAAAUGUCCUCGGCUCUAACUAUCACUAAGAAUUAUGUUCGAUUUUAAGCAAUUCCUGCUCGCAUUUGUGGUUUAGUGCGCUGACUAUAGAGAUGUUUUUCCCCUUUUUUCUCUCAUCAGUCCCGAGCGCUCCGCUGAAUGUUACGGCCGAGGCUAUCAAUUCGACUGCUAUUCAGAUCAGAUGGCGUCCGCCACCCAACAUCGACCGCAAAUUCGAUCACUACUGGGGGGUUGUCAUGUAUUUCGGAUACCAUGAUGACUAUCAGUUUAAGUACAUCAAAGUGGAGCCCGCUAGAAACAGCUGUGUUGUUAGCGGCCUCCCGCCUGCUACCGAUAUAGACGUUAUGAUUUCCGUGGUAGUCAAGUUGGAGAAUCAGGACGGUGUGACCGAGCAGGGAACAUGGAGCGACGAGGUCACCGUAACCACUCAUUCUGGUAGGUCUAAAUUCGCCAAUAGGAAAUGCUUUGCUUAUUUGACUUCGCUAUCACUAACUGUACGUCUGUUGUAUACAAUUUUUGAAGCCUUUUUAUAGUUAUAUAGUGUACGCAGUUCAAUGGACAUAUUAAUGAGAUCGUUCAAUUCUAGGUGAUUGUGGAAUGAUUACUUCAGUUAACAAAAUCGCAUGACUCAAAGAAACUGUAGUAGUCACACGGGGUUUGAUAAAGCUGAAGUCCCUUCGAUAAGUGUCAACCACGAAUAUCGAAGGCAAAUGCAGUGAUCUCCUCAUUCCUCCUCACCGCUAAUAAAAUUCUUAGACACAGCCACUUGUGCUACCGAGAGCUGUCGAUUGAAUUGUGAGUUCACAGACUGUCAGCGUGCGCCAUAUUGCUGAGUAAUUUUAGCGCCGAUAACGAAUUCCACUAUUGAAGUCGCGGACGGCAGCGAUUCUAAUGCGGAUGACUAGGCGUUUUGCAAACCGAGGACAAGAGUUUGUGAGGAGUUCAAAGCCGUUAAUGUUUGCGCUUGCAUGGUGGGGUAAAAAGUGCAUGCUACAGGUGCUGCAGCUAACGUGAAUCCACUGCCAUCGUCUGGGGCUUUCUCCUAUGAGUGGCGUCAAGACUGCAUCCGAGAUUUCAGGCUCGAAUGCGUUUCUGGUUCAUGCAUUUGAUCCCCCUAAUCCUCAAGUGAUGGUGUCGUAGGCGGCGUGUCUUUUUAAAACAGUUAAUUUCUUUCGAUCCUUUUUUUCGCUGAGGGAUGCGAUUCCCCUUUGAAUUUUCUCAGGAAACUUGGCUGUCGACAUGCUGUCGGCCGUUGAAGUAACAUCCGUGAAAAUCACUCAUUUGGACGGAAAGUACUGUGCGCACAGUCCUUCACAUGCAUGAUAUCCCGGUAAUCGCAAGGUGAAGUAUAGACGAUCUGGAAAGAGGUGAGUAUUUGCAACGUGUAGGCAUGCUUCGGAACCUCCCGUCUUCAAUCCCAUUGACGGUGACCGUAAUCUAAUCUUCAUCGUAUUGACAGCGUCUCGCCGUGGAGGUCAAUUAAACAUGGUGUCUUUCAGGCGCACUGCAAAAUGCAACAUUCAACAUUGGUCAUCACAACGCCGUGCAUGCGGAAGGAUAUGAGAUAACGCCUGAGGAAUUCAUGUUGGCAUCCAUUCAAUGCAAACACCGAAGCUUACGUCAUAAUCCUAUUCGAAAAGGUCCUGUCAGCGUCCAUAUUUAUGUGCCUGGCGUCCUCUGAAACGAGAAUCUACCCUACUUUCCAGAACAAAGGCACUCAGUUCAAUGGUAGAUAGUGACAUCUGGUGCCUUUCUGCUCCAGUUUAUUCCACAAGACAUAACUUUGUACACUGAGCUGAUCCUCGUCGCCUGAAUGAAGCAUAUUUCUGACUCUUGCGCUCUAGCAUGCAACAUUGCCUCUCCGAACGCCCCGCCCCCCCUCCCCGCUCUCCCCACCCCUCCCAGACAUCUUGUAUAACUCAGGGAGACAGAGUUGGUAGUGCAGUCACUAUAAAGAUGGGAUGUGCAUUCCACUGUCGCGGAGGUAAUGAGCAGGGAAGUAAUGUGUUUACAGCCAGAGCGGCAGUGAACCGCAUUCGAGAGCGCACGCGACGAAAUGGUACCGGUUGCAAGCGAAGGCAUUUGCCUGCAAAUUGCCAAAUGGUGGCUGGCGAGUGCAUGCUGGUGGAGGAGGCGGAUUCAGUAGGAACGAACAGCGAGCCAAGAGAGGUGGCAUUGUCAAACUCUACUCAUGCCUGAACAUACAUGCACGUGUGUUAGGAUAGGUCUUGUUGUCAGUCAGGCAGAUAUAAGGUAUAAAGACCUUCGAAGUGCAUGACGAUAAUUUGGACAAUGAGCGUCGUCAUCUGUCCGUGAAUGCAAUUGCAUAUGCUGCAGCUUCCUCUCACACGAGCGGUAUCUACUUUCGUAAUGUUUACGACCUCCCUAUUAAAGCCAGGCGUCGGUCGACAGUACCGACAGUAACUGUCGUUGUGCCUUUUCCCCUACACCGCCUCCGUAUCCGGAAAUUUCACGUCAACCAACAAGUUAACCUUGUUGGUAAAUGUUUCAUAACUUAUUCAACAAACGUCCUUCAACUGGCUGGCGGAUAAUUUGGUUUUUAUUACAGAUUGUGUGUCGGUUCGGCAACAUUUACGGUAAACUGCCGCAUCUCACCAGACUCACAUGGAGGAUCUUCUAGUUGAGAAGCCAUGACAAACGGAGUCUUCAGUUCCUUCCACAACGGAAAUAUGUUCAGUCCACAAGUCUACGCAAGCAUGAUGUGUUGGUAGAACACGCUCAUCAAAUUAUUCAGCUUUGGGCAGGACCUGCGUUUCAGCAAAUGGCUUCUGGUAUCAUUCUGCAGAACAGUGAGAGCGAAGUUAACGCCUGUCCCAUCCUCUGUCAGCCCAUGCAGUGGUGAUCGCCGCGCCGAAUGCUCCCUGGCAUUUCCGAAAUUGUAUCUUAUAUGUGAAUUCAGUGUCCGAGUUUGGUGGUUCUUUGCUGAAUUAUCGGUUCUUUCAGUCAGUGAAGAGUUUCUCAAUAAUUGAGGAAUCAUAAUCCAGCUUCUUCUUCUUCCUCUUCUUCUUCUUCUUCUUCUUCUUCUUCUUCUUCUUCUUAUUCAGCCACAUAUGACGUACACAAUUUCGCAGUUGAGGCUCUCAAUUCCAGUGCCAUCAGGCUCAGUUGGGAUCCACCCUCCGAACAUUCUGCCGAAAUACUAGGCUACGUGGUAAAUCUGCAAGUUGACGGAACUAAUGACUCAAGAUCCAUUGCCAGUCACCAUUUUCCGUCGGGAGAAUAUACUCAUGAAAUUGGCCAAUUGCCCGCUGAUCGCGAAAUCAAUGUGAAAGCCCAGAUCAUUACCCGAUCCAGAGUGCAGCGUGGUGGCAGCGUAGCUGGCAAUUGGAGUGAAGUACUUAAGAAGAAAACUUAUGCUGGUAAUUUCAAAUUUUUAAUUCAUUUACCUUUACAGCAGAUUUUAAAAGCUAGGCAAUUGUUAAACCAUGAUUAUGCCAGUUCAAAGCAUGUUUCAACAAUAGUAACUCCCCAUGUUCUUUUGGACAUUGUUGCAUCUAACAGAGAGGCAUCAAUUGUGCUUCGUAUAUCGCAGUUAUCAGAAGCUUGCCCAGCAUUUGCUUUACACUAAUUUUAAAUGUCGAAUUUAACAGAUGGCUCUAAGUUGACCCGUCUACGAUGCACAUUGACAUUCUCCUUUGAGUAAAUAAUCACUUUAAUUGGACGGCUUUUUCACGAAUCGUAUCACCACCAUCCAGCGAUCCGAUUUGAGUCCAUGGUGCGUGAAUGGAAAACAUUCAUCAUGGGCACGUUACUCGAAGGAUCAAAAUUAAUGAUGAUAUUCUCUGUGUUUGGAAUGCCUUUAAAAUAUUAGCAUUCCAAGUAUUCCGCCCGUGUGUUUAUCUCUACAUUUCGUCUGCAUUUUCGAAAUUUAAAGAGCCCUACAUGCUUGUUUUACCUAACAACAGAGACAUCAUGUUGUCUAUCUGCGCUUUCAAACGCGGGAAUCCUGUUAUGGGAGCCUAUGGUGAUGUGAUUUCAUCUGCCAUCACAUCUCCACUGAAGUUUAAAGGCAAGAGGGGAUUUCAUACGCCAUCGAAGAUAGACAACUCUCAAUAAAUGUCCGUGCAAAGGUGAGGAUUGCCAUCUUCCUCAGCACAGUGCAUAAUCCUAAGAUAAUGCACAUACAGCGCAUAUUAGUUAUUUAAUGAAUACUGCGAGACGGUUGUGGAGUUCUAUGUGGAAGAUCGAAACACAAUAUGCAGUUUGCGCAUACGCCCAUUUGAUUUGGAUGUUUCCAUGGAUCUAAUCCUGUGUCCUAGCAGUAACAAGGUAAAGGCUUGCACGGCUUUGAAUCCGCCGAAACCGUUUUACGUGGAGUGGGAAUGUAGUUGGUAUUUGAACAUGAGCCAAUUAUUCCUUUCCGACUGGAGUCAUCACGGGUUUGCAAAUUUCCUUAAUGAGAGUCUUACCUUAUUUACAUCUCCCUGCGGAACGACAUUUUGUUGUUCUUAAAGAUUGCAUUAUAUUCGAAUUUCCUGAUGUAUAAUUUGCAGACUAAAGCCUGCCAUUGUGCGCCGUGUUAUGGUGUUCAUCGUUGGAGUCUAACGUGAAUCUCCUCAUUGAACCCACUGACUUUUGCUAAAGCACGAUAAGUUCAAGCCAAUUGUCGAAGGCAGUAGCAGUCAGCAUAUCGUAUCGAAACUGACAGAGUUAUUCAACAGUCACCACGACCAGAAAGCUCUAGCACAGUCAAGCAAUGCAAAAAUCACCUCCCAUUCAACACUUCUUAUCGUCGACCAGACUAAUUGAUGGGCAACAAACUAACUGCUUGGACCUUGUACUGACAAAAGCGCCCGACAGUGUCAAUGUCGUAAACUGUCUAAUCCUCUCCGCUAAAGUGACCAUGUCGUCCUACAGUGGGAGUAUCCACUCUUCUCUGUGCCUCAUCGAACUAUCACGGUCAGACGCAACAUACGGUGUGGAGAUUUUAACAAAUGAAAAUUUAUGGGUGCCGUAUAGGCUGGAACGCAACGUUCAUCGGCUGUGUCCUCGGGGAUCGGUUGGAAUUUAAGGCCUUAUUACAUGGACUUAUCACCAGAUACUGCCCUAACUUGGAAACGAAGAUCCCGGCAUGCCCCGAUGGCUAUCAACCACACCGAAGAUGGAAGUAAACUGCAACCGAAAGCUACAGAAACGUUAUCCCAGGAGAAGACCAUCGAGUCAAUGAACAAGUACAAGGCACAGAGAAAUGGGCUAAUGGGCCUUGUUGAUAAAACCUUCCAAGACUUCUAAAGUAGCCUGCUGAACCGUGCAGUAGAAAAUUCGAAGCUUUCUAAAACUACAUAAGAUAAUGCACUCGAAAUAGAGACCCCAUUCCUUUGUUAAAGACGGAUUCCGGCGUUGAACUCUACAAGUACAAUGGAAAGGCUGAACAUCUGUCUUAUUUCUUUCAGUCGGCUCUUAUGAGGGCAGCCGAUUUAACCGCUUAUAAAUAUAGUUUGGAUGAGGUCCCGAAAAUUGUCUCAGUAGUCCUUACAAAAGCGGCUUCUCUUCAAGAAUUACUGAAACGGGAAGAAUCGAAAUCGCCACGUCCUGAUGAAAUGUUCGCAAAGUCGUUGAAGGCGUUAGCCCUCGAAUUGGCACAACCCUUGUGACUUGUCUUCCAAGCCCCCCUCGCAGUAGGCAGUUUGCCACCUGAGUGAAAGACUUCGUGGCUUUCAUCGAUAUGCAGGAGUGGCAAUCGUGCUUCCGCACACAACUACCCACCAACAAGCCUUGCAUUUGUAGGAAGCAAAAUUAUGGAGCGAAUUAUCUACCGCGUACUGAUGCAGUUUUUGAGGAACAUCAUCUUCUCUCUGACGCGCAGCAUGGAUUUCGCAAAGGGAGGUCCUGCUUGACAAGUUUUCUCCACCGUCCAUAACGGUGGACCCGAGCGAUUGAUGGAGGAAACGUGGUGCAUGUAGCCUACAUGGACUUCAAGAAGGCCUUCAAUAAUGUGCCUCACCAGCCUUUCCUACACAAGCUCAACAGUACCACCACACGAUGAGAGAAUGACACAAUUAUGGGUAAAGAAGAGCACUGGAACAGUCUGUUUAUUGUUCUGAGCUUUUUAAACUCGUGCAGGAAUCCACCGUCAGAGCUGGUAACGACAACAGAAAGAGCGACAGUUAUAAGGCAUGCUAGACAACUAUCUAUCGACUGCGCAAGACUGGAGGUGACUGCGCAUUUCUCCCCUGGUAUCAUUCUCCCGAAAUUUACGUUGUUAAACAUACUAAUCUCUGUGUUCCAGGAACACUUGUUUUAGAAUUGUUCUCUAGAUACAUCGUCGGAUGACAACCUGUGAUCCAGGGCAUUCUGGUCUACGUUUAAGCUUCAGUUUCAGUUCCUGUUUAUUAAGGGAAAUAUAGGCGAGCACCUUUGAACUGCCUAUUGGUUACAAUUCGUAGGAAAAAAAAACAGUGAUAAGUGGGAAGGUGAAAAAGGGAUUUUGUACAUAAUCGCGGACAGCUGACAGCUAGUUGAAAAAGGUAAUUAUUAACGGUUACUUACUAAUUACAAGUAGUAUAAACACGUAUAAAUUAGUGCCGGGUUGUGUGAGAUGUGAGGCUGGUAAUUGGGAAGCUUGAUACGCGUCAAGUCUACACUUAAAGGAAUUCACACAGGAGGAGAUUGCAACAUCAGUAGGGAGAGCAUUCCAUGCUGCAAUCACUCUGUUACUGAAAAAGAACUUUCGUCCAUUGAUCCAUUGCUUUCCCUGCGCGUAGUUUUAGGGUAUGACCGCGCAAAGUGGGCGUGUUAGCUUGACUGAAAUAAUCAGUGGGAUCUAAACAACAGCCUAGGCUGUUGAUAAUGCGAAAUGCUUGUAUAAGUUCACCAAGUAAUUGCCUGUAGGAAGGGGGAGACAGGCUGAGAGUUGACAGUCUGGUCUCAUAGGGCAGUGCUUUCAGACCUUGUAUCAUUUUGGUCGCCGUCUCUGGACCUUCUCCAAGAUGGUAUAGUCCUUAGCAGUUCAAGGUCUCCACGCCUGUAUGACGCUUUCUAGAUGAGGCCGCAUGAAGGUGCCAAAUAUUUAGGAAAAGCAGUCAGGGUCAAAUCCCAUAAAUGCUCGCCUAAUGAGUUGCAAUGUGGCCGUAGCCGAUUUAGCCGCCUUCGCGCAGUGCAGCGUUGGUUUGAGUGAAGAUGUAAUCAAUACACCCAAGUCCUUCUGACUGUCAACCUGUUGCAGUGGUGUGUCGUGUAGAAAGUAAGUCCUAGAGCUGGAGGCUCUGAAACUGCCGAGUUGAAGAAAGUUUCACUUGCUUAUAUUAAAGGGCAUAAGCCAGCGCUUUGACCAGUCUUCGAGCCUGUUCAGGUUUGCUUGCAGGUGGUCUGCGUCUGCGCAUUGUGAAUAAUUUUCCACAAUUUUAUGUCGUCGGCAAACAAGAUAACAUCACAGUCUAGGUCCUUGACGCAGUCAUUUAUGAAAACGAGGAAUAACGUGGGACCUAAGACUGAGCCCCGUGGAACGCCACUCACCACGCCUACCUCUGAGGACUGUUGGCGCCCUACUUGUACUCUUUGGGACCGUCCAGCCAAAAAAGCUCUGAAUCCAUACAAGAAGGCGUCCACAAAUUUCAGUGUUGCGCAGGUUGUGCAAGAGACGUUGGUGAGGAAGGCUGUCGAAGGCCUUUUUGAAGUCGGUGUAGAUGGCGUGCACCACAUUGCCUUCAUCGCGUGCUUUGGUCCAACGUUCGAGCGUAAAGAGCAGAUUCGUGAGGCAGGGCCUACCACUUCGAAAGCCGUGUUGUGCAUCGGAGAGGAGGUGGUGAUGCCCGACGGACUGCAUCAAGGCCUUGUUAAUGAUCGUUUUCAUGAUUUUGCAACAAAUGGAGGUAAGACUCAUUGGCCGGUAAUUAUUCGCAGAGGCACGACUUCCAUCCUUAAAAAGCGGAGUGAUGGUAGCGUUCGUUUCCAUGUUAUUUGACACAUUUCAGUAACGGGUUUUAAAAUGCUCACAAUUUUGGUGCGCCAUGCAUACACAGACACGUUAGUGUCUACCGGACAUUUACAUGCUUGGUGCACGCAAUUCUAUGGCUGAAUUUCAUUCCGUCGUUCAUUUUGUGCAGGUCCUCUUUUGCAACGUUAUUAUUACUAACAGGGAUUUCAAGGGCGUUCGCCCACCUUUCCCAUGACAAAACUGGACUGAACUGAACACACUUAUUAAUUUCACUUUGAAUUGAGAUUUUGAAAUUUCAUAGAAUGCGCACUGAGAUUCACGUCUCAAGAUAAUUUGCCUAGAGGUGUUGAUAAAAGUUACGAAAAUUUUGCCCAAACUAACGGCGUGUUGACAACCAGGCUUUUAAUCUCUACGACUGAGCACUAUCCAUGAGAUUUUGAACUUCCGGAUUUUUGAAAAAGUAUUUGCUCUUGAUUGUGGUCAUUCCACGAGAAACGCGAAAUGUGCUUGUGUCGCUUUUACGCUCGACUUUGGAACAUGUAUUACCUCGCAUUUAAAGGGAAGCAAUCGAGUAGCAAAUCUACCAAUCAAAUGCGCGCUCUUUCCCAAAGUCUAUAACGAUGAACACAUUACAAUUCCCUUUCCGAACAGGUGCAUGAGUUACGCAGAGCAUGAGUACAAAUUCUCUUCUGUUUUAACCAGAAACAGUGAAUUUACGUUAUGAUGGACGGCGCUAUAUGCUCGUUAAUCACGUAACAAACAAUGAGGCAGGCAUCUGCGGAUUUCAUUCACGAAACUGCCUUUAAGGGAACAAGUAGCAAGGUAAACGCAUUUACUUUCACGUCCACUCUUCAACAUUGGAAUAUCUCCCCCCCCCCCAGGUGAUCGAAAGCUAACAUGGUUAGCGCAGCUGCGUUCAUGAAUUCAUUCAACUUGGACUUGGACAGACGAAAAAUUAACUAAUUGAACAGAAGGUGCGCUCUGUAGAUGAUAGGACUGGACAUGAAGCUUGGAAAGUCUGAGCUAAGUACUGGCGCCAUGCCCAGGAGAGGGUGCACUGACAGUGAUCAGGGAUAUAUCCGGAGAACUACCACUGGCAAAUAGUCGCUAACGUAUGCACAGAGAUGGACUGUGUGAAAGUGCCUGUCACAAUGCCACAUUAGUAUUACCAAUGUUGUUCAUGAGUUGCUAGGCGACCCAGAUGUUACUAGUGUGCAUCCUAUCCUUCAGAUGGCCCCAAAGAUAAAGGCUGAAACUGCCAGAUCAGGCGAAUGCAGAAGGUAACUGAAAUGUCUCCUUUGCGGAAAAAACCAAAUUAACAGUUGCUAUGUGGAUUUUGCCUUAUGGGUAUUAGGCCCACCUGAUGGAAACCAUACCUCAGGACCGUCCUUUACUGCUCCACUGUUAGACAUCCAUCGUAACUGUAUUGCUAACUGCAUCCUCAGGAAGUGAGAUCCCAUAUUUGCGGGAACCUUUUUGAGCGGGGCAUAUCCUGUUGUUCUCGAGUGCGUCUGUUAAACGCGUUAAGUGCUUUCUUGUUUACAUACCAAGAGCUGCCACUCAGCAGUUCAAUAACAGGCCCCUGAUAUUAAAAACCGAAUACCAAGUGGUGCAUUGCUGGUUUUCUGACGGAUACCUGACAGGAACGCGCAUGCACAUGCCUUGCGAUUUAGUUUCAUUUUCAUCAGGACAGGUACGCACAGAUGCCAAAUAGGGUAUGUGCAUAAUGUAGCCAAGCUUGUCCGCAUUUGCUAAAGUUUGGAUUCAUAUGAAUUCGCAUAAAGUAAUUUCGAUUUAUUUUGUAGACGAACACGCAGUCGCCAAACAGUGUUGCGUGCUAUGGGAAUGUCCUCGGCUAUAACUAUCUCCGAGAGCAGUGCUCGAGUUUAAGCAAUUCCUGCUCACCUUCGUAGUUUAGUACGCUGACUGUAGUUAUUUGUCCCCUUUUUCUCUCUUCAGUCCCGACCGCUCCGCUCAAUGUUACGGCUGAAGCUAUCAAUUCAACUGCUAUUCAGAUAAGUUGGUGUCCGCCAACCAACAUCGACCGCAAAUUAGUAUACUACUCUGUUGUUAUUUAUUACGGAUACCAUGGCGACUAUCAGUAUAAGCACUUCAGAAUGGACCCCUCUAGAAACAGCUGUGUUGUUAACGACCUGCCACCUGCAACUAAACUAGAAGUACUACUCACGUCUGGAGUCAGGUUGGAGAAGAAAGGCGGUCUGUUCGAGCAGGGAGGAUGGAGCAAUAAGGCCACCGUAACGACCCUUACUGGUAGGUGUAAUUUCACCUUGCUUAAUGGACCAGUGCGUAAUGCAGUGUUUAUUUGAUUUCGCUUUUAUUAACUGUAUGUCUGCUUUAUGCAAUUUUCAAAGUCUUCUGCAAGUGAAAUGCUGAAUGCAGCAUGGUGGACAUAUUAAUGUGAAUGCUCAAAUUUAAGUACUCGUUGAAAGUCAGUCACGUAAGUGGAGACUGAAUUAAGAAAACGUAAAUUUUUGCUUUCUGAAUCUUCGAAUAACCUUUUAAGUCCUUCAUGAAGACGACAAUCUAUAUAACUGGUGGACCCACAGAAACUACAGAACUCACGUACUUACAUCCGAUAGGACAGAAGUCCUUAGGAUUUCUGGUGACCGCAGCAUUCGAAAGGUGCCUACAUCCUGACGGUGUGGAACGCAGUUCACAGGCAAAUGCAGCGACUUCCUGCCUCUUCAACCAUUAGGAGUUUGCUGGACAGGGCGAUUUGUCUCAUCGAGGGCUGCCGAUCGAAUUGUGAUUUCACAGACAGUCAUCGUGUGCCAUAUUGGUGAGUAAUUUUAGCGCCGAUCACAAAUUCCAGCAUUGAAGUCGCGGACGGCAGCGAUUCUAAUGCGGAUGACUAGGCGUUUUGCAAACCGAGGACAAGAGUCUGUGAGGAGUUCAAAACCGUUUAUGUUUGCGCUUGCAUGGUGGGGUAAAAAGUGCAUGCUACAGGUGCUGCAGCUAACGUGAAUCCACUGCCAUCGUCUGGGGCAUUCUCCUAUGAGUGGCGUCAAGACUGCAUCCGAGAUUUCAGGCUCGAAUGCGUUUCUGGUUCAUGCAUUUGAUCCCCCUAAUUCUCACCUGAUGGGGUCGUAGGCGACGUGGCUUUUGAAAGCAGUUAAUUUCUGUGGAUCCUUUUUUCCAUGAGGGAUGCGAUUUCUCUUUGAAUUUUCUCAGGAAACUUGAUUGUCGACAUGUUGUCGGCCGUUGGGUUAGACAACAUUUACGGGAAAAAAGCCGCAUCUCCCCAGACUCACAUCGAGCACAUAUUACAAGACAUUCAGACGCAUUUUGAAAAUUCCGGAAGAAUGCGUGAAUUUUCAGUGCGCAUCCCGUCCCAAGCAAUCACUCAUCAUUCACAUCGCUUUCUUUUUUUUGCAAAUUAAUCUAAGCAAUUAAAUUUGCAUCGAUUGAGCACCAGACACAUGUGUAGAUCACUAAAGUUGACCCUGUCGUUAAAUGUUUCCGUAGAUUACUCAACAAACGUCCUUCAACUGGUUGGCGGAUAAUUUUAUUUUUAUUACGGUUUGUGGGUCGUGUAGCGGCCGAUGACAUCGAGUUUGGCACGCACGCCAGCUUGGGUAGCUUCCGAAUUAUGUAACAUGUACAAGUGAUCCAUUUUGGAGUGGGGGGUUUGGGUGGCCACGUCAUAUCAGUUAGACGCCAGUGGGGAUUGCGGCGCUGUCGGCAACUGCGAAUGAGCGUCGGGGAGAGUGCUGACGGUUACGGAAACGAGAUACGGACGGACGGCGAGGGGAUCGGUGUCAUCUGUAGGAACACCGGCCAUCUUCACUGGUAGACGAUCACACCGGACCCAUCCGGGAUCCGCGCAAAGUGAACUCAGCCCUUUAAAACAACCUUGCCGAAUUGGUGGUCGGUUACAUAACCCCUCCUGAGAUGCACAGCUGUCCUCAAUGCUGAUGGUGUAGGUUGUCGGAAGGGGGAUGAGGUGUGUGCUCCUCUCCAUCCCACCACUGCCACCAAUGUAGCGGCCGAGUAUGAAGUCGCUGUAUCGAACUUCUAGUCGUCUAACAGUGGCGGACAGGGUUGGGGCACAAGGGGAAUCUCGUCCAAAUGCUGGGUUAUCUCCUAAUAUACUGAGGCUUGCGACAGAGGCGGAACGAGCACGACGUCAAACAAGAAUUUUAUAGACAACCGUUUAUUACUAAAACACCAAAUAUAAUACUGAGUAAACAAAAUAGUAACACAUAGCUUCAAGAAAUUGAAGAUAGGAACAUUUAGAGAUAGCAAAACGAUAAAUGUUCAGUGAUCGGAAAAUGGUUACGUAAUUUUUUUUCAAUAUAGGCGAAAUAUGUUAACUCGAUAAACAAAACCGCAAAUCGAUAAUGCACGAAUGAGAAAUCGGUUAUGAUAAAGGAAACGUGACAUGUCGGAAGGUAGACGCCAAAGUGAGGUCACGUGCUGGAGAUUUCUAAAAAGGACGAAGAAGAAAAAAGCCCCAUUAAAAACAGCCGUUCGUAAUAGUCGAAGAGACAACAUUUACGGUAAACUGCUGCAUCUCCCCAGACUCACAUAGAGGAUCUUCUAGUUGAGAAGCCAUGACAAACGGAGUCUUCAGUUGCUUCCACAACGGAAAUAUGUUCAGUCCACAAGUCUACGCAAGCAUGAUGUGUUGGUAGAACACGCUCAUCAAAUUAUUCAGCUUUGGGAAGGACCCGCGUUUCAGCAAAUGGCUUCUGGUAUCAUUUUGCAGAACAGUGAGAGCGAAGUUAACGCCUGUCCCAUCUUCUGUCGGUCCAUGCAGUAGUGAUCACCGCGCUGAAUGCCCCCUUGCAUUUCGCAGUUGCAUCUGAUCUGUUAUGGAAAUUAUGCCGCAAGUCCAUCCUUAAGAUAGCAAACUUGUCGUCGACGUAACGACGCCAAUACAGCAGCUCAUUUUGGAUGAAGACAGACGUUUCUAGCUCCCCUAAGGCCACUGCUGUCACUAAAUAGCAGAGCACAGAACCUAUUUGAGUUCCCAAUUAAAGGAAAAGGAUUCUGCUUUGUAAUAAGUCAGGCCAGAUGUGAUCAUUUUCAUUGUUCAGUUGAACACACAACUUGAUUUGUUUGGCUCUCUUCUACUUUAUUAGACUUUCUGUAGUGCGAUGUACCGAAAGCUUUCCUUAUAUUUGCUGCUCUUUGUUGGGCAGUGGGUCCCACCGUUGUCAGGAAACACAGUGAAUAUAAGGAAAAUAGCAGAAAUUACUGCGUCCUCCAGUUUUCCUAUAUUCUGGACUUUUGCAUGGAUAUAUCUGCUUAGUAGAUCCUAUUACUCCAGUUAUUUUGACGAAAAUUUCAAUAAAACCAAGUGACAGUUAGGCCGUUGUUUCCGACGAUGUGCACCGUGUGCCUCACAGCAGGGUGGGUACAGCAACGGUGACUUGCGCAGCAUCUACCGCACCCACUCCUCCUCACCCAUUUGGUUUUCUGGCAAGAAGACCGGAGACGGGAGAGGGCGCAGGUGGCUGUCAGGGAUUUCGCACAACAAGAAAAGUGGAGGAUGGCUCGGCUCCCAGCUGAGUGUCAAAAAGGCCAUACUAAGGAGGAAUCAUUGCAGUCCGACUCUACGUUCUCCGAGGAGGACCGAGUUAUUCAAUCAGUUGGCAACCUUCCAGGCCACGGCUUUUAGCACACAACGUUAGUCUCAAGCACGUCAGAUUGUUUAUAGCGGGGAAUAUGCGCCGAGAGAGUCGACCUCACUCUCUCUCUACCCUCUGGCAGACACCAGUCGCACGGUCCUUAAAUGGCCGCUUAAGGGCAGUCAAAAUUCAUGUAAAUGAUGCCUACGAAAUUCUCCUUUUGCGUUUCUUCUUAACUACCUUAACUGGGGCAGUUAAGAAGAUAGACGAAAACCGGAGAUGGUGUACUGCCUAUUCUACGGGAUUAAACGACUUCUUGGUGGAUUAUCACCACCCGCUACUAAGUAUCGAUGUGAUUUUCGUCAAGUUGAACGACAAAAAUCACUCGCGAGAAUAGAUAUCUUAGAAGCGUGAUUAUAAAUGGAAUUGCAGGGGGGAAUCAUAGCAGCUGCUGAAGACAAGUGUUCCCAACGAUUCACUUAUUUGAACUUGCCUAAACUACAUUAUUAAACGACGCCAAACAUCUCCCAGCAGGUUACGGACAUAAUGCUCAUGAAUAUACGAUGAGCGAUCGUGUGCUUGUGCGACAUUUUAUUAGAUGAUAGUUCAAAAGAGGAAUUAUAAGAAAGGCCAAACGUCAUCAGCCGUGGCUUUAACACCAGCAUGGAGAAGAGUGGAUUUUCGUGAUAAGAAACUGCUGUUUGCGGUUCACAGAAAACGCAGACAGACGAGCUCCGAAUCCCGAGAGAGUACUUGCAUUUCCGAACAAAAUUCGACAGUAUGUAAAGGAAUCGCAAUAAUAUAUGGGUAAUGUCAGCUAUCAGGGACCGUUUAUUCAUGAACUUCAUACAUUUGGAGCACUUUGGAUCGCCUCUUGUGCGAGGAUACCCCGUGCGUCUGUUCAAAGGAUUCUCAGGUGGACUUCUUGCCCAAAACGUUAGAAUCGAACAUUCGAACAUGCUCUCACAUUCGGAAUCCCAACAGGGAUUUUGACCGACAAAGCAACCCAGACCAUUUCAGCUACAUUCCGUCAGGUGUGGCGUCAAUAGGGAAUCAAAGAUACGAUGUUCUUUUUCUUUCCAUCAUAAAUCAAAUGGACAAGCCGAGAGGUUUGUUGGCACAUUUGACAGGACAGUGACAUGUCAAUGAAACUCGGAUGUCAACAUGAAACACCUGAGCACGUUCUGGUUGGCCUAUCGAACGACGCUCUGUACCGAGUAAGGUAUAUCGAUUCCUGAUAAAAGUUUUCAAAGCAAAAAACUAAAUGUGAUUCCCAGUACCUGAAACCCGUGGCUCGAGAGGCCGCAUCAGAAAACCCUGUUUUAGGGAUGGAAAAAAGUAUAGGCACGAACCCAUGUUUUAGAAGGAGAACCCUGGAUUGGAGGUAUCAUCAGAAGAGUACGUCGCAUAAUCUUCAAAAUCGAGCCGAAUACAGGAAAUGUAAGAUGACGCGCAAACCAGCUGAGGCACCGAAUGACCUCAGACUACCGUUGACCCCCCAAUCUAUUGCGUGAUACCUUCAGCAUUCCAACUCCCAAAGUCGAGGUCUUUGAUGUUUCUUAGGCCGCCGGGACAUCCUCUAUAACUAGCUGCCAUGCAAAAGACUUGUGAUUCAUUCCAUUCGCCAAAAAAUACGAGGUCAAUUCUUCAACAGCGAGAGGCUAUAGGGUGUUCCCGAACCAGUAUGGCCAACCAGCAGUCGCCCGCAACAGAGAACCACCACGCCGCAACGACAGAGUUUUGCGACAACGAGAGGGCGCUGUCGUGAAGAAGGAGACGCGAUCGCCAGGGCAAGAGCUUCAUUCGCUUGACGUUUCAGAUUCCUGCUCGAACCCAUUACCAGAGACAAUAGCAGAUACGGGUGGUCCAUGCACCAGGGGCUGCAGUAUUUGUACGAUGCAGUCGUCAUGGUGCCGUAUACCUAAGAAAAUUCACGGCUCCGUCCCCUUCAUCAAGGAUUGUUACACUUGGUCUGCUGACUGUUUGAUGGCCGACAUUCUCGUCGUUAAUUGCUGCAAUUUCAUCAUGGGUGUUGGAUGUUGGUGUGAUGAUUGCUCGACCAUCUGACCCACCGACCCUGGCGUUGGGACCAAUGCAUGACGCAGCAGCGAAGUGUUCGGCGCGUCAGUGGGUCCCCCAGCAUUCCCUGUCCGCUUUCUGGUGGAUACUCCAGUCUCCCUUGUCUUUUUCGGUAAUAGCAUUCUGCCUAAAUUUAGAAAUUGUUAGAAAUUAACUGCGAACUUGGAGUAGAUCAGUUUAUUUAAGGUCUAUAGAUUCCGACUGCGCGCACUUUAUGCAUUCAAGUUAAUUUUAAGAAACAUUUAAUCCACUGGAACAAAUAUGCCCGUAGGAGGGUAGGUAAUUUUAGCCACCCGUGCCUUGUUACCCACAAUGAAUCUGAGAUCGAGCUCUCGAUCACAGUUUCCGUAGCAAAAACACUCCGACGUCCAUUGUCUCUAAGUAUUUUUUCGAAAAUAAUUGUAUUUCUACAUCGGAAUUAAAAUGUCUUUUACGUGCAUAAGACGCUGACAGAACACUCAGAGUACUAGGCAGACAUGAUAAAACAUUAUAUCCACCUGAUUCUCAAAUACACUCAUGGACCCUACCAUGGGAAACAACAUCACAUUAAGUUGACAGACACGCAUCUCGUCCGGUGUUUAUUGGGUGCAAUUGCUAUACAUUCACACACCAACUAAAAUGGGCAGUUCCUACAGAGCCGACUUAGGUAGAUCAAGUCCUGCAGAAGGUUUUCUGAGCAAACAACCAGAUGUGUGUCUCAAAUAACCGAGCCCUGUUAUUGCGAAAGGCCAACCCCAAAACUCUGUCUUAGGUAGGAGGAAAAUUCAGAUUUUGAAAUUCGAUUUUAGGAGGAACACCAAAUAGCACGUCGCGUAGUCUUCAAAACCGGACCAAUUACGGGAUAUGUGAGAUCAGUCGCAAACCAGCUGCGGCGCUGAGUGACUGUAGAUUACCCAUUGGCCCUGGAUCUACUGUGUGAUGCCCUCCGCAUUCCGAAUCUGAAGGUCGAGGUUCCAGGUGUUGUUCAGGCCGCCAAGACUUCCUGCAUAACUAUUCGCAACCUAAAAGGCUCAUAUUUGGUUCCGUCCCCCAAAAAAAACGAGAUCGGUUCUUCAACAACGAGAGGUUUCGAGCGUCCAAGAACCAGUAUUAUCGACCAGCUCUCAUGCGCGACGAGAGGCUACGACGCCGCAGCUGCAGAGUCUUGCGGCGAAGAUAGAUGGCUGUUAUCCGUUUAAAGGGAAUGUCAGUUAAAGUUGCUAUUUGUGCCUCAAAACAUAUCCCUUCUGACGUCAGUAUUUAAACUUAACCUGCUUCUUAUGUAUUUACAGAGGCACCAAUAAUUCUUAACAGUACUUCGCAUCCGGCAACAACUCCACCGCCAGAGUCAUCAGUAUUCAUACCAACCUUGUCGAAACCAGGUACAACUACGUCAACUGCAGUGCCUCCUAAAACCAGCGAGAAUCUCAGAACAACGUCCUCGUUGGACAGCGCAGUUGUUACGUCAACUCCGGUUCUGCUUCGAACAAUCGGGAGCAUCAGACCAUCACCCUCGCCGAGCCCAGUAGUCCUUACGUCAACUUCGGUUCCCCCUGGAUCAAGAGCAACUCAUAUGCCAACAACCUCGAGGAGCAUAGCAACCACUACGUCAAACUCAAUCCCUCCUGUAACCAGCAGUACUUUCAAACAAACAACCCCAUCAAAAACAGUCGCUCCCGGGUCAACCUCAGUUAUUCCUGCCACUAA